UCUCUGGGAAUCAUGAGGGAUAUCAUCCUCUUGGUUCAUUCCCAUUACCAGUUACUGAAAAGGAAUUGUGUCCAUUUCCUGAAAAAUAUUGCCAGCGGGGACAAGAAUUCUGCAACGUCACCAGUAGAGACUGCGAGCCACUUUUUCCUACCGAUUUCAGUGAUACAGAGAAAAAGCAAAGAUGUGACGAGGUGCUUCAGGCAAAUGUGACUAUGCUCUGGGAUUCCUGUAUAUACGCUGUAGGAAUCUUAUCGUAUUCCAAAA